CUUGAGCUUCUGAUAAUUGAUUCCUCUCCCACCUUUAUAAGCAAAAGCUUAGGAUAUGGCUAUUUGUAAGAGAAACCAUCCCAAUAAUGAUGUCUCAAAGUCCAUGUUCAUCAUCACCAUCAUCAUCUUAUUACUAUCCUCUCAAGUCCUUUCCACCAAGAGCCCUCACAAUGCGACUCCUCCUAGUCCUGGAUACCUUCUCCACAAGCAGCCGGCUUAUGGUGGGAGGAAGGCCAUUGGAGAAAGAAUGAUGAAGAUAGACAUUGUCGACGAUUAUCCUCCGGCGAGAGUCAAGCCGCCGAUGCCAACACCUUGUUGUUAAGGAUGUUGAUGAGUAGCCAUUUUUAGUUUAAGAAAAAAGAAGAAGAAAAAAUAGUGGGUGUGAAGUUGUAAGGAUAUUAAAUGAUGGGGGUAUAUUUGUAUCUCUACCAAAAUACAGAUGCCUAUAAAUAAUUAUUAUUUUUCCUAUUCUAAUUAAUUUGGUCGAGAGAUUAGCUCUCAUGUCAUGGCC